AUGAACCAAUUCGUCUCUACUCGUGAUGCUGCACAGCCACCGUACGAAAGCGCUUCGACUCGCAUGCUUGACGUGGUCAUCUUUGCCGGUGGUGAAUCUUUUGAUUUAGUGCCGCUUUGCGCCUUUGAACCAAAAAGCAUGCUUCGGAUCUGCAACCGACCCCUAAUUUGGUACUGCCUCGCUCCUUGGAUUGAAGCAGGCUUUCGUACCUUCUUCCUCUGCGUGAACGAGGACUACGCGACGCUGCACACAUACCUAACGCGAGAGUUCCACGACGUCGAGUUUCACUUCGUCCUUGUACCGCUUACCCUCAACGACCAUCCCUCCACGACCUGCGAUGCGGUAAAGGCGUACCUAAAGUACAAGGAGUUCAUGCAUCGUUCCGGAGCGGACGGUUACACUGUCGAAGAGGUGCGACCAUCCGAAACGAACAUGGAGGGCAACGAUGGGGAACGGGUGGUUGUGAGUGGCGUGCGCGGGAGUGUGGCGGGAUUUAACGCAAAUCCAUCCAUUUCCGGAUCCAACCGCGAUCCCCUGACGGUGGAGCAUGCCGUGCUUCAUGGGAUGCACCGCGAUGCGGUGCUGCUCAACUGCGAUACGAUCUUAGCCGGGAUAGACAUUGAGCGCUUCGUCACAAGCUUUUAUACUUCUUUGGCCUCUGUUAUGGCUCUCUUUUUUAGACCUUAUGUAGAACCCGCGGCGCCCCCAGUGCACGAAAAAGGAAGGGAAAAAAAGAAAAGUGGCGCCGCCGCCGAGCCGGCACGAAAGGCUUUCACAUAUGAAUACUCCUGUAUUGGUUAUGAAGAAGAAAAAGCGACCGCGACGAUGGUGGCUAUUGGUGAAGGAGGAGAUAGCAGCAAAGGGGGGGUUAGGAAGGGUUUUGAGAUGCCGUUUUUGUCGAUGACCGAUGUAUCCUCCGCAGUCAUCGCUCCCACCCAUUUGGUGCCCAAUGCCCCUACAGGACCGGCUAGCACCCCCGUGCCGAUGGCCGAUGACGAAGUUAUGAUGCGGCACCGCUUGUAUUAUGUUUAUCCACUCGAUGACAAUCCAGAGUUGCGUAUCACGAUGGGGUUUGCCGCUCGGCGGCCGAAUAUGAUAUUCGCCGCGAACGUCGUGGAUGCCAACGUCUACAUCGUGAAGCACUGGGUACUCGACUUCAUAGCGCAGUCGGCCGGCAUCCCCGACGAGAAUGUGAACAAAAGUAUCAUUCCCCUCCUUGCUCGAAACCAGCACACCACCAUCAACACAAGCGAGAAUGUCUUUCUCACGCCUGAUAAAAAGAUCGGCAGCACCAUCCCGACGCACUGGAUGUUCACCAAGUGUGCGGAGGCGAUUGACGUCCAGCUACUGAACGCCGUCCCGGGAUUGCUGUUGCCGGAGAAAGCGGACAACCUCCGGGUUUUCUGCACCAUCCUCGAGGAACAGCCCUACACGCCGUGUAAGGUCUAUCGUAUUAACACACGGGACAACUUCCAGGCUAUCAGCCAGGAGAUUAUUAGAAUCAAAUGCCAGCUCCUGCAGUCCUCUCCUGAUCCGACCUCGCAGUCCACGGGGCUGGCGCCUGUACAACCACGAACAGGACUGGGGAUGGGAAGCCCGGAUCGGCACGACGCGUGUGUGACGACCAGCCCCCUCCCUGUUCCGGUCUCACGUAAGGGCUUCAGCAGCUUCACCGUCUUUCCGGCCGGCCCACCGAUGCAGUCCGGGGGCGCCAUCGCCCUUCUCCUCCCUACCAACCCUUUUACCUUGAAGUCACGGAUCGGGGAUCAGCAGGUGUAUAUCGUGGAUAGCUUUGUGGAGUCGGUGCCCUCGGUGAACACGUUUAUCACUCGGAGUGUGAUCGGGCCCAACGUGACGAUUGGGGAGGGUGCUCGCAUUACGGAUAGCAUUAUUUUAGCGAACGUCGAAAUUGGGGCGAAGACGGCGAUCCUCAAUUCGGUGGUGGGCACCGGUGCCGUGAUCAGCGCAGCGAAGCGGAUCACCAAUUGCAUCGUCGCACCGCGGUGUUAUGUUGAGGAAGAUGAAAGUGAUCGGAUUGUCGAUCACGAAAACUGA